AAUGAUUAGGUCCUUAGAUCUGUUACUUGGUUUUUUAAUUUUCCAUCUGUUGAAUUGACUGAGACAGAGAGAUGCAUAUCUGUAGAUGAGUUAUGUCUCUAUCACAAUCUGCUAGUCAGCCUCACCAUUCCGCUAAUUUAAAGCAAUCACAAAUGUUGGCUCUAAAAGAUCAUGCAGAAACUGACAGGCUGCAAAGCCAGUUUCAGUGCACAAUUUGUUCAUCCCAGCCAGACUUUGUGCAGUAUACAUCCUUUAAGCGGCAUCUUAGGCAACAUCACUGCAAAGUUGAGGGCGGAAGUUUUGUGUGUCUCUAUGGCACGCAUGGCGUCUGCCCAUCCCUGCCCCUUGAGGGAGUGAAUGCUAGUGACUACGAUCAGCAUGUCAUGAGACAGCAUUCACACACUGUACAGCUCUCUAGCACUGGCAGUUCGGUGCACUGCAGCUCUGGCCACGGCAGCACCACAGCUCUGCACACUGAGGAGGCUUGGGGCAUCUACUCUGCCGUGCAGAACCUGCCCUCUGUUCUGCACGACCCCAAGAAGGGCAUGAUGCGCGAUUUCUUCACUAAGACUUGGGGAGAGACGUUCGUGGAGCUGCGCAGCAUACCCCAGCACGUGGCCCUCCCUCAGGUGUUGCCCCGCCAUGUGGAAUCAUAUAACCGACGCAUGCGAAGGCGCUCCAGAAACCUGCAGCAGAAGCCUGCAGAACCUCUACACUCUGACCCUCAUGCUACAGGCUCCCUCACUGCAGAUCCUCUCAAUCCUGCUGGUCACGGUCGCGCUGCUGCCCUGGCCGACAUUCCUGCGCUGUUCUUCUCCUCCUCCUUCAACCUGGACGACCCUGCCACCUUCUACAGCGUGUUCCCCCACCUCGCCGCGGGGCGCGAGGUGCCUGGUGGGGUACUAGACACCCCAGCAACCACGGCAGGGGCUGCCACUGCCGCGGGAGGAGUAUCUGGGCCCUCUAGUGCCCCUCACGCUGCCCUCUCGUCAGCAUCAGACGGCAGAUCUGUAACUCAGCUUCAGGAUAAGCUGCUGCAGCACCUGGAGGCGGUGGAGGGCAGCAUGAGCGCGCACAUCGCCCUCAAGAGCGGCGCGUUCUUCCAGUCCAUGAGCCACCUGGGCGACCACCUCCACCAGCUGCGCUCCAACCACAGUCUUGUGCUCCAGCUGCGUCAUGAAGCUUAUCACUACAUCUCUAAUGAUGACAUUCACCACCCUCAGCUGGAGAUGAUGAGCGCGGUGCGUGCGGUGCAGAACACCAUCCAGGUGAUGCUGGGCAGGCGUGAGUUCAUCACAGCCCUGGACCUCAUCACCACAGCAUCACAGUUGAUCGCCAGCGACCUCACCACCAUCCGCAGCUUUAGGAACGUGAGUGCAGAGCUGAGUGAGCAGGUGAGUAUCAUCGAGAAGAUGGUGAGGGCAGACUUCGUCAAGUACGUGAGUGAGGACCUCAACCGCCCCUUCGAUGACCCCACGCCCCUCCUGCAGCAGGACCAGCUGAUUGCUGUGGUGUUGACUGCUGUGGUGCUGACGCCUCAGUGUAGGUGCCUCACCAGCCUCCUGCAGCGCCACAGUGCGAUGGUGGCGGUCAUGGUGCAGGCGGUGCAGGUCAGCGCAGGCCGGGGGGAGGCCACGUCCGAAGUGAAGGCUGCCUCCAUCGUCCACAUGGCCUCGUGUGGCGGUGUGGCUAGCGAGUGGUGCGACCGCGCACUACGUGGCCUCGCAGACGCCCGCGCCACAGCGGCGGACUUCGCGCACGACAGAUGUGGCAAGCUGCUGCAUGCCAGGUCCCGGGACGCAGGGCUGGCGCGGGCGACCGUGCAGCAGCUGCAGCAGCUCUGCAGCAUCACGGAGGACUUCUGCAGCAGCACGACGCAGCUCUGCGGCAGGAGCAGCACGGCGCUCAGCAUGGCGCUGCAGGGACACUGCGUGGCGUUCGUGCAAAGCUUCCACGCAGACCGCGAAGCCUUGCUGCGUGCGAGCCUCAGCACGGAGACGUGGCAGGUGGUGCGUGCACCGCCUGCAUUGCAGCAGCAGCUGGUGCUCUUCACAGCUGAUCUUCCGGUUGACGCCACAGCUGCCACCAACAACCAUUCCUGCCUUGACCAUCCGGCCGCCUCCAGCAACCCAACCAUCAAUACGUCUAACCAUCUGGACAACUCCUGUAACCCUGCUAUUUCAUCGUGUGACCAUCUGGAUAAUUCUAGUAACCCUACGCUUACUUCAUUUAAUCCUCAAACAAACCUCGCAAACCCUCCCUAUAAUAUCCCUCUGUCUGACUCCAACGAUCGAUUAUCACAGGAAAUUCAGAAAAGUUUAGACACAGAAAGUAAAGAAGCCGCUUACGGUCAAGAAGCCUUACGACUACCGCAAGAUCCAGAAGCCUUACAUAUACCACAUGAUAAAGAACUUAGAAGAAAACCUCCUUACUUAAACAUGUCAGAUUUAUCUUCAAUUAGCGACCAGAACAAGAAUCUCCAAUCUCCCCCUGAGUUGGGUGACGUCGAACGCAAGGAACACGAGUCAGCGGGUGACAACUUCACGCUGGGGGACGACAGCGACAGCAGUCUCGCCCCCAGAACUGUUACCAAGUCGAGCACCACCGCAACGAGUAUUGUGGGGGAGGCGCUGGUGGUGGAGGGGGAGGAGUACCUGGUGGUGGCUGUGGGUGUGGUGGUGGUCAGACUCGUGGUUGAAUACGCUGAGUGCGCCGCUACCAUCAACCAGGCCGCCCCCAACCUGCUCAGCAACCUGGCUGACCUGCUGCGGCGGUACAACUGCGAGACCUGCAGGCUGCUGCUGGAGGCCGGUGCAGUGUGCAGCGGAGGCCUGCGCACCGUCACCACGCGUCACCUCGCCCUGGCGCACCGCAGUCUGCGGCUCCUGCGCGCCCUCCUGCCGCACGUUCUGCGGCGCUUCCUGCGCUGCGCCGUCAAGCCCGCCACGGCGACCAAGACCAUCGCGCAGCUGGAGAGGGAAUUAGGAGAGCACUGCGCCGCCAUUGAGGACAAGAUUGUUGGGGUCGCCGCCCCCCAAGCGGGACGCUGCCUGGAGGAGUGGGUGGCCCGCUCUCCCGUACCCUCCCCCUCCAUCACCUCCCUCCUCAGGGUGCUGACCCGCCUGCAUCAGGCGCUAGCAACCGUCCUCACCCACCGCCAGGUGUGCAGGAUCUUCGCCCGCCUGACGGAGGCCGUGCAGGAGGCGAUGAGGUCGCGCCUACUGCUGCUGGGGGUGCAGCCUGUUGGGCCUCAGAGCUGGGUUGUCACCAGCGAGCUGACGUUUUACUUCAACCACCUGGCGAGUCUCAGGGUCGACCUGGACGUGACGCAAGAGCAGUUCUCCAGGGAGCUGUGGCGCAGGCGCAGCUCAUGACGCGUGGCGCCUUAGGUCUCCAUGGCGCAGGCGCAGCUCAUGACGCGUGGCGCCUUAGGUCUCUUUGGCGCAGGCACAGCUCUUGACGCGUGGCGCCUUAGGUCUCCAUGGCGCAGGCGCAGCUCUUGACGCGUGGCGCCUUAGGUCUCCAUGGCGCAGACGUAGCUCUUGACGCGUGGCGCCUUAGGUCUCCAUGGCACAGCUCAUGACGCGUGGCGCCUUAGGCCUCCAUGGCGCAGACGCAACUGAUGACGCCUCUUGCCUUAGGUCUCCUUGGAACUGUUGCAUGAAAAGCCACUGGCGUAUUUAAUGGCACUCUUUAAUGGCCACCGGCGCCUCCUUCAAUAAUGCAGUAAUUAAAAAAUAUCUCAAGGCGUUUGAGUCAAUGUACAAAGCAGCUACGAAAAUAAUGUUUAUAUACAUAAUGACAUAUGUGCAAGAUUUUUGUUGUAUUUAUAGAGCUUUAUUGUUAUUCAGGAAUAUGGAUUGAAUUGAUUGAAUUGCUAAAGAAU